UCUAGUGUGCAGUCAAUAUAACCAGUUGGUUGGGUUUGGGUGUUUCGGCCUGGCAAACGCGCCAAGCUGCAUUGUGUACACAGAGAAUAGGUGCAGAUCUUGCGCAGAAGCCUUGACGAACGGCCUCAAAAGGCUGCCAGAAGAGCCGCACGGAAGAACUGGAUUGUGCUUUCAUCUCAGGAGUCAGCAAUUACGUAUAGCCUAGCAUCGGCAGAAGAAGAUGCUCCGCCAGAACACCAGCAUCAGUUUGCUGAACCUCAGCACCGGCGAUGGAGCAGGCAAUCUCGGCCAGACGCAGUCCCAGUCCCUGGACAUGGACGCCCUGCCCAAGCAGUUUGUCUUGUCAAUGAAGAAGCUCUUCGAUAUUCUGGACGACAAGCAAAGCGGCUACGUUCGCUUCAUGGACAUCGAGAAGGGCUGGCAGGACGACGGAUCCAAGGGCCUGCCACGUGGGGUGCUGGACUCGCUGCGUCGCGUGACUCCCAGCAGCGGACUGCUCUCCUUCGAACGCUUCUGCGCCGGUCUGAAGUUAUGCCUGCUACGCAACCAGCAGCAGGCAGUCGGAGACUUAAAGACGCGGCCUCGUUCCCAGGUGAACAUCGCUCCGGAGUUCAGUUCGCCGGCGCCCCCGCCCAAGCCGCCACGACAGGUGACCACGACCUCGCCUCCCCUGGGAAAGGCGGACAUACGAAAUGCUUUGCAAAACUGGCAACUGAACCUAAUGGCGGACUCCGGAAAGCCCAAGCUUCCGCAGACAAGAGAGCAGUUGGAGCACCGUGGCUCAGCGGACGGCGGUUCCUCAUCCACCUCCGCCUCGGCCACCGACUGGAGCAUGGCAGUCCUUCCCGCUUUGCCCAAGAAGUCCAGCAAGCGCAGGGAGUCCCGCAGGCACACCCUCCAACACGGCAUUGACUACAAUAUGUUGAAGCGAUUGAAGCAGCUGGAGGAGCAACGGGAGCUGCUUCUUUUCGGAUUGGACGGCGUAGAGAAGGCGCGCGACUGGUAUAUGCAGCAAGUGCUUAACGUCCAGGAGCAAAUCAAGUAUUUUGGCCGCUUGGGAACCAGAUCCGAACAGUGGUCUGAACUUCAGCAGGAGCGUCUAAACUUCCAACGGGCCCGGGUCCUAGAGGCAAAUAGAAGUCUUCAGACCUUGGCAGACACCUGGGAGCAUGGCGGCUACCCACUACACAUCAACCUAGCUCUGCCAACGCCGGCUGUUCCAAAACCAAGGCAAAUGUCCGAUCUUUUAAGCCGAGUACGAGACAAGCCGCUUCUAUCGGACCUUUACGAGCCACAGCACUCCCAUUCGCAAUUCCUGCGUGCCAUCUCUAACUUUGGACUUAGCCAGCCCUCGCCCGUGAGCCAAUCCUCCGCUGGAUUGGGAGACGCCGAUGUGGUCUACUGAGAAUUGAACCGUUGUUGCAUUUUACUUUGUAAAUAGUAUAUUAUUAAAAGACUCAAAGGACUCUAAGCUAGAGAGGAUUGGGG